AUGUGGGUUUCUCCUGGGUGGGAGGCCGCUGAGCCGCAGGGAAGCUGCGGGGCCAGCCGAGGAGCCGGCCGCGUCUUGGGUCCCCAGUGUCGCGCGACAGCACGACCCGAGACACCGCACCUGGGGCUGGUGCCAGGCAGAGGCCCUGCGUUGCGUGGCCGGCGGCAACAGCGCCUGGCGGUCGGUUCCGGGCGGGGCUGCAGGCGCCGGGUUCCCGCGGCCGCGAGGCGGGGCUGGAGGGCGCUGCGGGCUGCGCGGAGGCUGCGGGGAGCGCGGGGAGCACGCGGAGCCCGACUAGCAGGGAGAUCGCGUCGCGCCGGGCACAGGCAGGAGACCCGCGCUCUAGGAGGGCGCAGCGAGAGGCGCACUGCGGACCCAGGGGUGCGGUCCCGGCCGCCGUGCGGGGACAGGCUGAUUCCCCGCCGCCGCCCAGCCAAGUCCGCGCGGGGUGCUGGCGGAGAUGUCGCAUGGGAGGCUUCUUCAACGAGGAUUAGAACAUCCGAGAUUAAAAUGCCUCACACGUCAGUGCAGCAGAAUUUCCCAGCGACUUCGGUGGCGGGAGAGCAGCACCUCUCAGGCACAGCUGUGCGCAUCCCUCGGGCCCCACCGACCGCACCAUCUGACCGCGGGAAACGAAAUCUGAGCUCAGGAAUUUGAACGGCCCCACGCACGUUCGUUCCCGGAUAAAUCUCCUAGAGGACCGUGAUUUUUCCACUUAGAGAUUAUUUAGGGAGAUGUCCUGGAUGGGAUAGGUAGACAAAUGGCGGCCCGAGGAAAAUGCAGGAAACUCUACAUUGUAGACGCUUAAGCACCAACUGUCUGGGCCCCGGGGCAGGGGACGGGAGACACUAUCCACCGGAAACAUCACACCCCCGGGGCUCCUGGCAUUUUCUACAUCAGUGAAUGUGCCAGCGAAGAAGAGUGUGGGGACAUUUUCUGAACAUAGAAUUCAUAUUCCUGAAACGUUAAGUCGUGAAGUGGGUGCUUCAGCUGUCCCCCAGCUUUAGGAUUUUAACCCAGCUUUGUUUUUAAUCACCAAGAGUUAUUCCUUAUAAUCAAAUCAGCAAAAACGUUCAAUUACCUAUUACUGGUUGAGAAAGAUUCCGUUCCCCCGGCUCAUUGUAUCGCUUCUCGGAUCCAAGAUGUUAAUUAUUGGCAAGGCAUUCGCAGGGGGUUAAUAUGGCCCCCCUCGACACCUUGCCUCGUACCAGAGACACCAAAAGCUGUUGCUGAGGGAUAAUGGAGAAUGGGAAAAGCUGGUCAUGAAAAACCUCUUUUAUUCUUACUUGCAAGCUACCCUUUUGACAUUCUUUUUUUGACACUAAAUGGAGAUUACUGAAUUGAUAACUUUUGGGUUUUCUCUGUCACACUGGGUUUUUUUUUCCCCCGUUUGUUUGGAAGGUUUUUUUGGUUUUGGGGGGAGGGGAAGGGGGAAGUGGAUAGGGAGAUGGAAGAGUGUUCUGUUACUGGUUUUACCCAAAUCCUGUUAGGUCUUGUUCUUCAGUGUAAUGUAGAAUGGAGAAGUUGCAUAAGUACAUGAUUGACAAACAAGGUCUCUUAGAAGAGAGUUAAGGAGUAGGGAAUAUAAUGUGUCCUGGAGAAAAAGAAAAAGAAAACCCUUAGUAUGACACACUGGCCUUUAAAUAGAGGACACAUGAAUAUGCAAAGGAGAGGCACGUGUGAAAUAACGUGCGCCUUGCUGAGCCCUCCCGCCCCCACCCCCCAUGUAUCAAGAACUUUACUUACAUUAUCUCAUCUAAUUCUACCCACAACCCAAGAGGAAGGGCGAUACUUUUAAUUCGGGUUUUUACAGACGAGAAAUUUGUAUCUCAGAGGCCCAAAGUAAAUUGCCUGAGGGCAUAUAGCUACUUAGGACAGAAUUAGAAUUGAUUACAGAGUCAAAAAUUCUUUGAGAAUUAAUGUUUUAAACUCUCGAUUAGUUACCAAGGGAAUCUGAGAAAUUAAUUAACUUUUGGGGGGAUCUUUAGAUUAGUGGGGAAAUUAUGUUAAGCCCAAAGAAAGACAAGCCCGUGAAUUUUCUUGUUAUCUACGAAGUGGUUUGGGGAAAGGUGUGACAAUUUGAGAAAACUGAAAAGUGCUGAAAUUCCUUUAAUAAGGUUCUAUUUAAACUGAUAGAGCUACCAGAUACAAUUAGGCAGAUAUCCAUUUUCUUCUGGAAGCUUCUAUUAUUUGAGGAGAAAACUGAAAAGCUUUAGACUGUUUCAAAUUAAGGACAAUUUGAAUUUUAGUUGGAAAGCGGAUAAACUAUCUGUAUGAUUGAGUUUAAAAGGCAUGGAAAGGCUAUUAUGAAGUAUUGAUCCCACUCAGUGAGAGCAAGCACAGCUUUCAAAUGAUACAGAUCUGGCUAUGAAUUUGAAUGGUGACUGUGCCUAGCUGUGUGACCAAGGGCAACUUUCUUAACCUCUCUGGGCCUCUGAGUCCUCGUCUUUAAAAUGAGACAAAUAAGCCCUUGCAAGACGCUUGUGAUGAUAAAAUAAAAGAGUAUGGGUGAAAGUCCUUAACAGAAUGCCUGAUAUGUAGCAGAUACUCAACAGAGUUAGCAAUGUUUCAUUUAAUUAAAGCAUUUGAGAGCAGGAUAGGGAGCACCACUAACUUCAGCUCUUCAACAAUUUUGCCUGGGGCUGGCUCUGGGGAAUAGACUUGGAUUCUCACGAGUAUGUGAAUCUUCAGUUACUUCCUUGAAAGGACAGACAGUUAUAAAAGCAAGCAGUGAAGUCUGGGAAGGUGGAGGAGAAUGGUUAUGGAAAGUUAUCCCCACAUCAUAAGUCUUCCUGAUCUUGAGAUCAAACAACAACACUUUCAGAAACAGCAAGAAAUUAAGGCUGAAGCAAAAUACCCCCUGUAUAAUUUUUAAGUCAGUUAAUAAUGAAGGUGUAAAUAAAACAGAAAUGUCUCUGUUCUUACUUAAACCUUGAACAAAUAAGGGAUUUUUUUCUUUAGUGUUUUUUAAUAGAGAUAUUUUAAUCAUUUUUUAAGACACAAUUUUUGCCUAGUUACUGUUUACUAACUGCCCUGCCAAAAAUUAGUUAUUACUUCAGGACUUAUGUUUGAAUAGAACUGCAAAAUCCUGCUUUAAAAAGUACUAUGAAACAAUUCAUCAAAAUGUUUUCCUCUGAUACUUUUUACCAGGUAAAGGCAAGAUUACUUCUGGAGAUUUUCUUUGAAAAUAAUGAUUUUUUUUUCCUGAUUAUGAAAGUAAUACACAUUCAUUAUGGACAAUUUAGUAUAAAAUGAGAGAACAAGCUAUAAAGAAGCAAACGAGAACACCCUUAUUCUCACCAGUAAGAGUUAACCACUUUUAAUAUUUUGAUGAUUUCUUUCAGUCUUUUUACCCUUUAUUUUUUUAGCCUUGGUACGAACCUAUGGAGUAUAAAAUUGUGCAUUCUUGUUUUUAUAUUUAUUUUCUCCCAUGUAACUAAAAAGGAUCUGUAACAUUUUUAGUGACUGUCUAAUUUUAUAUCAUACCAAUAUAUUAGUAUCAUUUUUUAAGAAACAAUAGAGAAUUCUCUAUUGUUGAGUGUCUGUGAGUCCCAGUUUUUUCUAUUGUAAAUUAUGCUAAACGAAAAUCUGUGUGCAUAAAUCUUUGAGUUUAAGAUUAUUUCGUUAAGAUAGACUUCUAUAACAAGAAUUACUAGGUUCAUAUAGUACUUCUAAUGCUUUUGAAAUAUAUUGUCAUAUUGAUUUUAGCAGUUUUCAGUCCAAGCAGCAAUAGAUGAAGAGAGCUGUUCUCUCCUAAUGCCUCUAGUCGUAGUGACUGACACCACAGCCAAAAAAACAAAAAACAAAAAACAAACCCAAAUCUUUUCUAAUUUGAUAGGCUAAAGAAAAGAUUUUGUUGUUUUAUUUGUAUUUUGGGAGGGCUACUGCCAUUGAACAGCUUUUCCAGAUGUUCAUUAGCCAUUUUCUCUUUUGUGAACUAUCUAUUACUGUCCUUUGCCUGUUUUUCUAUUGAGGCCUUAAUUUUUUUAACUCUAUUUAUAUAAACCCCACGUAUCAGCCCUUUGUUGUAAUUGUGGCAGUUUUUUCCCAUUUUACUUUUUGCAUUUUAAUGUUAUUCAUGAUUUUUGAUACAUAAAAAUGUUAAAGAUUUAUUUAGAUAAAUGUAUCAAGUAUUUUUUAAUUUUUUUAUGUUGCUCUACAGAAAAUCACCUAGAUAUUUACCUAUUUUUUUCUACUUGCAUUUUUAUGAGCUUGUUUGUUUUUACAUUUAAGUCUUUAUUGCUUUUGUACUUUAUUGCAUUGUGAGUUAAGAAUCUGAUUUUUCCCUCAAAUAGCUAGGCAGUUUUUCCAAUACCGUCAACUCAGUGUCCAUCUCCCCCUAGCUGAUUUACUGUGCCUCCACAUCAGAGACCUCUUUUGGUUGAUAAAGAUGCAGGGAUGCUCUUCACAGUACAGUUAUUAACAGCCAGAGCAAUAUAUGAGGAGCAACUAAUCGGAACCAGUCAUAAGCAUCAGAUUGGGCCAGCAAGCACAUCCCAGGUGAGGACCAAAAUUGCAAAUGGGACCUAAAAAGUUCCUGCAUGCAAUAAAAGUGGUUUCCUUUCAAAGAAGGAUAUGUUUAAAUGAACUUAACAUGUUUAAAGGGGGACUCUCCUGUAAGUUUCAUCUGGAGCAUGUGGAGUUUACAUUAGUUUCAUUGUGUUCAUUCAACAAACACUAGUUAAGCCACCCCUAUGGACAGGUUCUGUUUUGGUACCUCAAUAGGUGAGAGAGAGAGAGAGAGACUCUAAACACACAGACAGAUAGAUGAUAGAUAGACAGAUAAAUAGAUAGAUAAUCUCCCUAUUUCUCUCUUUCUGUGUGUGUCUUUCUCAUAUUGUCAAAAAAUGCUACUGAACUCAGUGAAAUUCAUAUUAAGUGGUAGUACCAAUUUUCUAUUAUUGAUGUCACAUCAUUUCUCUUUCAUUACAAUAAUUGUUACUGUUCUUUGGGAUACAUUCCUGGUCAACUCAUCCUUUCCUAAUAUGACACAAAUUGCAUCUGCCAGUAAUUUGGUCUGCUUAUUUGAAAAGUUGAUAGACAUUGUAAGUCUUUGGUUUGUCCAUCUGUUCUCAUAGUUUGUCUGCUCCUUAAAGAAUUGGAUUAUUUGCUACACUUUUCAGGUGGCUUUAUUUUGCAUAUAUUUCUGAAUUUUCUUUUUCAUGAUAACAAUACCAGAAGGAUGUCCCAAUUUUACAUUCUAUCUUUCCUUUUGCUUUGAAAUAAUUUAAAUCACUUCAAGAAAGAUUAAUAAAGAAAUUAUAUUUCUAUC